AUGAAAUUUUCUGCUCUUCUACUCGAUAUUGAAGGUACUGUAACAAGCAUCUCAUUUGUCAAGGACGUUUUGUUUCCUUAUGCUUUCGACAACGUUGAAACUUAUGUUCGGACUCAUUUCAACGAUGCGUCCGUGGCAAAAAUCAUAAGCAGUUUGCGCCAACUAUCCGAAGAAGAAUCCAAGAUUGACUCUAAUGUGAGGUUGAUAAGAAAUGAGGAAAACGACUGCGUAGACGAUGUAGCUCAUAAUGUGAGAUAUUGGAUCAAAAGCGACAAAAAGAUUACAGCAAUGAAAGAGCUGCAAGGAAUGAUCUGGGAAGAGGCCUACAGAAAGGAACACGUUAAAGGACAUGUUUAUCCUGAUGUGUUUCCUAUAUUGCAAUCGCUGACUGUACCUAUCUACAUCUACUCUUCCGGCUCCGUUUUCGCUCAAAAGCUCUUAUUCGGUCAUACCAUAGUUGGCGAUAUGACAAAGAUUCUAUCAGGCUACUUUGACACGACGAUCGGAUAUAAGGGAGAAUCUGAUUCGUAUAGAAAAAUCUGCGAAUCAAUCAGUUUAAGUCCGGCUCAAGUACUUUUUCUGACUGAUGUGGAAUCAGAAGCAAGAGCUGCCAGUAUAGCUGGUUUGCAAGUUAAGCUAGUAAUUCGAGAUGGCAAUGCACCACUAUCUCCAGAAGCUGUGCGUGAUUUUACAACCAUUUACUCUCUAGAAGAAAUUCUGUGA